GUUGGCAAUCUGGUGUCCAUACCAUACCACCAAAAUUGAAGAGAGAAAAAAAAAGUAAAAAAUAAUGGAAAAAAUGAGCAACGAGGUGGGCGAGGAUGGGCUGCGGAAGCCCCUAUUGCACACUGGCAGCUGGUACCGGAUGGCCGGUCUCCGCUCAUCAUCCAGCAUGAUGAGCUCCUCCACCCAGAUCCUCCGUGAAUCCAUCUCUGUCUAUCUCUGCGUUCUUAUCGUCGCCCUCGGCCCCAUCCAAUUUGGUUUCACCUGCGGAUUUUCCAAUCCUACGCAAUCCGAUAUCAUUUCUGAUCUUCGCCUCACUAUUCCUGAGUUUUCCGCAUUUGGUUCUUUAGCAAAUGUUGGGGCAAUGGUUGGUGCAAUAGCAAGUGGCCAAAUCGCUGAAUAUAUCGGAAGAAAAGGGGUAUGUAUGUAUGUAUGUAUGUAUUUGAUUCUCUAUUGUUAUUCUUACCCUUUAAUUGUUUUGUGGCAGUCACUGAUGAUUGCUUCCAUUCCAAACAUCCUUGGUUGGCUUGCUAUUUCCUUCGCAAAAGACUCAUCAUUCUUGUUUAUGGGAAGACUGCUGGCAGGGUUUGGAGUGGGCAUAAUCUCCUACACGGUGCCAGUAUAUAUAGCCGAGAUAUCACCCCAAAACCUGAGAGGAAGGCUCGGAUGUGUAAACCAGCUUUCAGUAACAAUCGGAAUAAUGCUGGUGUAUGUUUUGGGCCUUUUUGUACCUUGGAGAGUUCUCGCAGUUUUAGGAAUUUUGCCUUGCACAAUCUUGAUACCUGGUCUGUUUUUCAUUCCCGAGUCACCUCGUUGGUUGGCCAAAAUGGGCCUACACGAAGAUGCUGAAACUUCUCUACAAGUUUUACGAGGAUUUGAAACAGAUAUCACAACUGAGUUAAACGAAAUUAAGAAAUCUGUGGCUUCGUCAACCAAGAGAACUGCCAUUCGGUUUUCAGAGCUCAAGAGAAGACGCUAUUGGUAUCCCUUGAUGGUGGGAAUUGGACUUCUUGUACUCCAGCAAUUAAGUGGUAUUAAUGGCGUUCUUUUCUAUUCGAGUAGCAUAUUUAAAUCUGCAGGGAUUUCAUCAGGUAAAGUAGCAACAUGUGGGAUUGGGGCAAUUCAGGUCAUUGUUACUGGGAUAUCCACAGCUUUGGUAGAUAAAGCGGGUCGCAGGAUUCUUCUUAUAGUGUCCUCAUCAUUAAUGACUGCCAGCAGCCUCCUUGUUGCAACUAUGUUCUAUUUACAUGAUAUUUUACCUGAAAAGUCUCAUUCUAUCUUGCAAGUAUUGGCAUUGGUUGGACUUGUGAUUAUGGUGAUUGGUUUUUCUGUAGGACUUGGAGCUGUGCCAUGGGUUAUAAUGUCUGAGAUUCUUCCAGUAAGCAUUAAAAGCCUUGCUGGCAGUGUAGCAACAUUAGCAAAUUGGUUCUCAGCAUCAGUGGUUACAAUGACAGCUAACUUGCUGUUAACCUGGAGUAGUGGAGGGACGUUCGUCAUUUAUGCCUCGGUAUCAGCCUUUACUGUAGCAUUUGUGGCGUUGUGGGUUCCUGAAACCAAAGGAAAAACACUAGAAGAAAUUCAAGGAUUCUUUAGGUGAUAUAGUAUAUAGUGUUACCAAUUACUAUUGCUCUCCAAAUUGUUUUGUUUGUUGGAAGUUCAAUUAUGACAAGAUACUUCUUAUUUACUUUGUUAAUCUCAAACGUGGUAAUGAUUUUUUAAA